CCGACUUGUCUAUUAUUACCAUCACCGUGACAAGUAUAUCCAUCCUUCACUACCAGCAUCAGCUCAGCCUACAAGUAUCUGCGCCUUCAUAGCCGCCGUACUGUGCUGUCCUAUAAUUAAUACGUACACCACGCCAACGAGAUCCCUCCGCUCCCCCCCCCCUUUUUUUUUUUAAAGAAAUGAGCGCCAUCCAGCAGAACGUCGAGGCCGCCUCGGCCAGCUACUCGGCCUCCUUCGACAAGGGCCACCUCGCCCUGCCGCCGGCCAAGAAGUACCUCGUCCUCACCUGCAUGGACGCUCGCAUCGAUCCCGCCCGGGCCUUUGGCAUUGAGCUGGGCGACGCCCACGUCAUCCGCAAUGCGGGUGCGUCAGCGGUCGAGGGGCUCCGGUCCAUUGUCAUCAGCGAGCAGCUGCUGGGCACCAAUGAGAUUGUGCUCGUCAAGCACACCGGGUGCGGCAUGCUGACGUUCAAGAACGAGGAUGCCUAUGGCAUCGUGGAGAAGAACCUCGGACAAGCGGCGGUUGAGGAGCUCAGGGAAAGGAAGAUCGAUUUCUUGCCUUUCCCCGAGCUCGAGCAGGCAGUCAAGAACGAUGUUGAGUUUCUGAAGGCGUCCAAGCUGGUGCCGGAGUCGGUGACCAUCAGCGGGUGGAUUUACGAGGUCGAGACUGGGAAGACGAGGCGUGUGGUCUAAGUUGGAUUGCAGUGGCUUAUUUGAGUUUCGGCGGGGAGUUUUGGUUGGGGGGAAGAUUUGUCUUUUUGAAACGCUG